AGGGUAUACGCAAACCAUUUGGCGCUUUUGCUGGGAGAGAUAGGCUAAUUAAUACAAGUGCACACGUCCUUCAGAUUUCCGAGUUGCCAGGUUUUCCUUUCGUAGGUAGCCUCUUGCUGAGGCAUUCCUCUUCAUUUGCGUCGUCCACGCCUUCCUGGUUGAUUUCCUUCACUUACCCCCUACAGUUGACAUGCCAUCGCUGAUAUUGAAAUACAUCGUGAUUGGCAACACGAAUGUGGGGAAGUCCUCACUUCUCCUCCAGUAUUGCGAAGAACGCUUCAAUGAAACCCAUCGCAUGACGGUCGGGGUGGAGUACGGACUCAAGUCGGCAACCGUCAGAGACCAAAACAUACAAAUCGAGAUCUGGGAUACCGCAGGGCAGGAAGCUUACAUGUCCCUAACAAACAGAUGUCCCCUCUUCGCUCCCCGUUUCUCAGUUACUACCGCAACGCGGACGGCUGCCUGAUCGUCUUCGACUUGACCCAACGCGAGAGCUUCGAGAAGGUGUCCAAAUGGGCCGAACACGCGCGCCAGUACAGCAACAAUCCCCACCUGGUCUUUACCCUGGUCGGGAAUAAAGCCGACCAAGCGGCCCUCCGACAGGUGGCGCGGGAAGAAGCAGAAGCAGUGGCGGCACACCAGGGCAUGGAAUGUAAGGACGCGUCGGGUCAGAGAUCGCCCGCCUCCGUCCUCCCUCUUGUCCUUUCCCCUCCCUCCCGCUAAACCGGGAGGUAACGGCCAAGGACCACACGGCCGUCCAGGGUCUUUUCCAGACGACGGCAGAGAGAAUCUUUCAAGCCUUCGAGACGGGGGCAGGGCUCAAGGGAGGGAUGGGGGGAAGCGACAUCGUAAUCGAUGGGGCCGGGAAAAUCCGACUGCGCUCUUUCAAUUCCUCCCUCUCUUCCUCUGCCUUCGGCCUGUCGCCAGGGAGGUCCGCCCGGUCCCAAGAAAUGGCGGGAAACAGUGGGAAGGGGAGGUGUUGUUAAGGUAACGGAAGGGAAAAGGAUUUUUGCAUAUAAUGGAAUGGGAGGCAGGCAGAGGUCUGCUGGGAGGAAUAAGAAAGACGGCAAGACGCCGAGUAGACAUUGUGUGCAGAGCGCACCACAGUCGCACAAGAAAAGCAUCGAAGCAAAGCUUUCAAUACGGGGCCACGAG